AUGGCUUAUCCAAUGUACGAAGUGGAUUGGAGUGUAUUACCGCCAGAACAAAAUAGAAGGUUUAACCCGACUUUCAAUAUUGCCACCAUAAAACAAGUGGUAAAUGAGGCAAUUGAGAGAGUGCGUAUGCCAACGCCGACCCGGCUCCGCGACCUGAUACGCCAGAUCCGCGCGGCGCGCACCGCCGCCGAGGAGCGGAGCGUCGUCAACAAGGAGUGCGCGUACAUCCGCUCGACGUUCCGCGAGGAGGACAGCGUUUGGAGAUGUCGGAACAUCGCGAAGCUCCUGUACAUCCACAUGCUGGGCUACCCUGCCCACUUUGGGCAGCUGGAGUGCCUGAAGCUGAUCGCCAGCCCACGCUUCACGGACAAGCGAGUGGGCUACCUCGGGGCCAUGUUGCUGCUGGACGAACGGCAAGACGUCCAUCUGCUCAUCACCAACUGCCUGAAGAAUGACCUGAACAGCAACACGCAGUUCGUAGUCGGCCUGGCGCUGUGCACAUUGGGCGCGAUAGCCUCGCCGGAGAUGGCGCGCGACCUUGCUUCGGAGGUGGAGAGGCUCAUCAAGUCGCCCAACGCGUACAUAAAGAAGAAGGCGGCCCUAUGCGCCUUCAGGAUCAUAAGGCGCGUGCCCGACCUGAUGGAGAUGUUCCUGCCCGCAACAAGGAGUCUGCUCACGGAGAAGAAUCACGGUGUUCUCAUCACCGGCGUGACCCUCAUCACCGAGAUGUGCGAGAACAGCCCCGACACCCUAAAUCACUUUAAAAAGAUCGUUCCAAAUCUGGUGAGAAUAUUGAAGAAUCUAAUACUGGCCGGUUAUUCCCCGGAGCACGACGUCAGCGGGAUCUCGGAUCCCUUCCUGCAGGUGAAGAUACUCCGUCUGCUGCGGAUCCUCGGGAAGAACGACGCCGAGGCAUCCGAGGCGAUGAACGACAUCCUAGCGCAGGUGGCCACCAACACGGAGACCAGCAAGAACGUCGGCAACACGAUACUGUACGAGACGGUGCUCUCUAUAAUGGACAUCAAGUCGGAGAGCAGCCUGAGGGUGCUCGCGGUGAACAUCCUCGGCCGGUUCCUGCUGAACAACGACAAGAACAUCAGAUACGUGGCGCUCAACACGCUGCUGAGGACGGUGCACGUGGACACGUCGGCGGUGCAGCGCCACAGGACCACAAUACUCGAGUGCCUAAAGGACCCGGACGUGUCGAUCAGGCGGCGGGCGAUGGAGCUCUCGUUCGCCCUGAUGAACGGCCAGAACAUCCGCGCCAUGAUGAAGGAGCUGCUCAUCUUCCUGGAGAGGUCCGACGCGGAGUUCAAGGCGCACUGCUCCAGCGCGAUGGUGCUGGCGGCCGAGAGAUACGCGCCCUCCAGCAAGUGGCACCUGGACACCCUGUUCCGGUUGCUGCUCAAGGCGGGCAACUACCUGCGCGACGACACGGUGUCGAGCACCAUCCAGAUCGUGUCGGCGGCGCCGGCCGAGCGGCAGGCGUACGCCGCCAUGCGCCUCUGGACCUCGCUGGAGCGCUGCGCCCUCUCGGGCGACGCCACCGAGCGGCAGCCGCUGGUGCAGGUGGCAGCAUGGACGGUGGGAGAAUAUGGCGACCUGUUGGUAUCGGAGGCCAGUAACGCAAUAUCUAUGGUGGACGAAGAUGGAGUUGACGACUUCAGUCGACCUUCAGAAGAGUACGUGAUCGACAUCUACCAGAAGCUGCUGUGGUCGACACAGCUCUCCAUCACCACCAAGGAGUACCUCCUGCUGUCUCUGGCCAAACUCUCCACCAGGUUUACCACCAGGCCCAGUCAGGACAAAAUUCGCGUGAUCAUUGAUACGUUCGGCUCGCAUAUACAUAUCGAACUGCAGCAGAGGGGAGUCGAACUGUCGCAACUCUACAGGCAGUACGCACACCUGCGGCCGGCGCUGCUGGAGCGGAUGCCCGCGAUGGAGGCGCCCUCGGCGGGGGCGCGCGACCAGCUCGACGCGGAAGCGGAGGCCGACGCGGCUGAGCUCGCGCACCACUCGCCGCCCCAGAGGGCCGACAGGCCGGAGCAGGACGCUCUUCUGGACCUGAUCAUCGGCUCGGAGCCGCUCUCAAAUGGAGACACCGAACACGAGCCCCCAACGGCGCCCGCCAACAACGACGCCACCAGCAACGAUAUCCUGGAUCUGCUGAGCGGCCUGGACCUUAGCACGCCGCAAACCGUUCCCACGCCCAUCGCGAACAGCGUUCCGGCAUCGAACCUCCUACUCGACGGGCUGUUCUCCACGCCGCAACCGGCGCCACCCGCCACCCAGCCAGAGAGCACGGUGACGGCGCUCGAGCGGAACGGGCUGCGGGUGGAGUUGGGCGUGGCGAGGGCGGGGCCGGGCGGCGGGGACACCGCCACGCUCACGAUGCGGGCCGCGAACAGCGCGCGGGCCGCGCUCACCGACUUCCUCUUCCAGGCGGCCGUGCCCAGGACAUUCCGGCUGGAUAUGAUGUCACCAUCCGGCACGGUACUGACACCGCAAGGGGAGAUCACGCAAGUGUUAAAAAUCACCAAUCCAUCCAGGACCCCACUGCGGCUGCGGAUACGCGUGUCGUACAACAUCGAGGGCACGCCGGUGCUGGAGCAGGCGGAGGUGAACAACUUCCCGCCCGACCUGUUCAAC